AUGAAGAAGCCCCUGCUGCGCAUCCCAUAUACUGCCGAGUUCGCGCCGCCCCCCGUCGUCCCGGCCUCGGCCAACACCCUCCAGGGGGCCGUCAGUGCCCUGGCCGAGUUCCUGACCUCGCCCCUGCCGGCGAGGCGGGGCCUGAACUCGGACCGCACCGUCGUCCUCUCCGGCGCCGGCCUGUCCGUCGCCUCCGGCCUGGCAGACUACCGCGGCACAAACGGGACCUACCGUCUGAACAAGACCUACCGUCCCAUCUACUACCAUGAGUUCCUGGCAAAACCAAACGCCGGCCACUACGCCGUCAGGGACCUGGCGCGCUACAGCAAUGUGCGGAAUGUCAUUACGCAGAACGUGGAUUCAUUUCACCCAGAGGCCCACCCAGACAUCCCGACCCUCGAGCUCCACGGCUACCUGAGGUCCCUGGUCUGCACGUCCUGCCGCCACGAGUUCCCGCGCGACGCCUUCCAGGACGACCUGGCCCGCCUGAACCCGGCGUGGGCCGCCUUCCUCGCCGAGGCCAUCGCCUCGGGCGCCCUCGACACCGAGAACCCGGACGAGAGGCGCGCCCGCGGGAUGCGCACCAACCCGGACGGGGACGUGGACCUCCCGGACGCCCCCUACACCACCUUCCGCUACCCGGCCUGCCAGAACUGCCUGGCGAGCCCGCCGCCCGCGCCCGACGGGACCCGGCACAAGGUCGAGGUUGACCGGGACGGCGCGUGGGCCGCGCCUAGCACCGCCGGCAUUCUCAAGCCUGCGGUCAUCAUGUUCGGUGAGAGCAUACCGGCCAGCGUGAAGGAGGCGGCGGAGAGGGCCGUGGACGGGUCCGGAAGGAUGCUCGUGCUGGCCACGUCGCUCGCCACGUAUUCGGCCUGGAGGCUGGCCAAGCGGGCCAAGGACCGGGGGAUGCCCAUUGCAAUCGUGAACAUGGGUGGUGUGAGGGGAGAGGAGACCUUCAUCACCGAUCUGCAUGCCGGCCAGAGCGGGGCCGAGGGGGUCAGGAUCGACAUGACCACGGAGCGACUACUUCCGGACCUGGUCAGUGCCUUGAGGCGCUCGGCUCCGGAGGAGGCCGCCCCCAAUGAUGCCGCGCAUUUGGACAGCAGAGGUGCUGGUGUAUUCAAGGAUAUGUUGUCAUGA